AUGAAGAACUGUUUAGAUCAUGUCGAAAAUGGACAAAACAUUGUAGAUAAGAAACAACAAAAUUCAUUUUCUGUUUCAACCAUAUUUCUGCCUGAUGAAGUAGAAUUAACAACACAUCAAGCGAAUAGAACACCAGAGCAUGAUUGGAACAAAACUAUGUCUUCCACUGUUGCGAAUAGAGAAGAUCAUGGGACGACAGAAACUUGGUCCGAUGAUAAAGUGAUGCAAGAAACGGAGAAAAUCUUGAAACGCAAACUCGAUUUUCACUUAUUACCACUUCUUUCAAUCACCUAUUUACUUUCGUAUCUUGAUCGAUCAAAUAUUGCCAAUGCUAAAUUGGGUGGUCUUGCAGAAGAUACUCAUUUGACUUCCGAACAAUAUCAAUGGUCAUUGUCAAUAUUUUUCUUUGGUUAUGUUUUCUUCGAAGUACCAUCGAACAUAAUUCUUCGUCGUUGGCGUCCAUCAAGAUGGAUUGGUUUAAUAAUGUUGGCAUGGGGUACUGUAGCUGUGAGUCUAGCAGCUGUAAAAAAUUUUGCUGGCCUUCUUGUAUGUCGAUUUUUACUUGGUACAUUCGAAGCUGGUCUAUUUCCUGGUCUAAUCUAUUUUAUGUCAUUAUGGUAUCCGAGAAAAGAACAAGCUAUUCGACUCGGCUUCUUUUGGUCUUUUUCGGCACUUGCCGGUGCUUUCGGCGGUCUCUUAGCGUUUGGUAUUGGUCACAUAAAAUCAUCGACAUUGUCAGCAUGGCAACUGAUAUUUAUCAUCGAAGGUAUUCCAACAAUUGUCGUAGCUAUAUGCUGCUUUUUCUUCUUACCUGAUUCUCCUGAGCGUGCACGAUUUUUAAGUAAUAAAGAACGUGAAAUUGAGAUUUGUCGUAUAAGUCAGGAUGCCGGUGCUUCUAUUAAUCAUUCAUUUAGUUGGUCACAAGUUUGGUCUGUAUUCACCGAUUGGAAAACUUAUAUUUACUCAAUCAUUUAUAUCACAGGAACAAUUCCAUUACAAGCAGUAACUCUUUUUUUACCAUCUAUUAUCAAAGGUAUGGGUAAAUGGACAAUUGUUCAAACACAAUUAAUGACUAUUCCACCAUAUAUUUGUGCUUUUAUUGCCAUUAUUAUUGUUUCACGUAGUUCUGAUUAUGCUUCAUUAACUCGUCGUGCUGUUGCAUCAGCAGUUAUUGUCUCCUUUGGUACGAUUGGUGGAGCAAUCUCAGGCCAGAUAUAUCAAGAUAAACAGAAACCAAGAUAUUUUUUAGGCAAUACAAUUGCUUUUGGAUGUGUUGCUUUACAGACAAUACUCAUCAUUAUUCUUCGUUUUAUAUUUAUUUAUAUUAAUCGUCGACGACAAAUACUCAACGAUGAUCAAAAACAACAACAAAUUAAACGAUAUGGUGGAAGUGAAUUAAUCGGUGAUCGACAUCCAGAGUUUCGAUAUACUUUAUAA